ACACGAUGGCCAGGGGUCUAGCCCAAAAAGAAGAAAAAAAGGUUCGGGAGUCUCGUCUUCAACUAGCAAUCGAACAUGACGACGUUGAUGAGCUACAUAACUUAAUUGAGGAGGAGCCAGAGCUCUUAGAUCGCCUAUCUAAGCACCCUUUCCCAACUACUCCUCUCCACAUUGCUGCAGCUGCCGGAAAAACUGAGGUGGCCAUGGAGAUGGUCAUCUUGAAGCCGUCGCAUGCUCGGAAGUUGAAUCCAAAGGGUUACAGUCCCGUGCACUUGGCUUUGCAACAUCAGCAUUAUAACAUUGUGAGGGCAUUGAUAAGCCAUGACCUGAAAUUGAUCCGAGUUCCAGGACGAGGUGGGAUCACUCCUUUGCAUUACGUCGCCGAGAAAAAAGGAGACAAUGAGCUGGAGCUCCUGGUCGAAUUCCUAUGCACUUGUGAAUCAUCCAUUGAAGACUUGACAAGUCAAUGCGAGACUGUGGUUCAUGUCGCCUUGAAGAACGACAACCUCAAAGCAUUCGAGUUUUUGUUUGGAUGGCUUAAGCAAUUUCAUCUGAUGAGAAUAUUGAGGUGGAAAGACAAAGAUGGUAACACCGCUUUACAUAUUGCUGCGAAAGCAAGGCAACCGCAACCUAAGAUCAUCAAGCUGUUAAGUUUGUGGACGGAUGUACAAGCGAAGAACUCCCUUGGUGAGACCGCUAUGGAUAUAGUGAAUUCUAGUAACCAUCAAGAUGUUGUGAAGAGGCCAUGCCUUCAAGGACUUCUGUGCAUAUUUUAUGGUGGUACCCCCUCUCUACUCCAGCUUAUCAGCAGGAGAGAAUGGCUCGUUGAGGAGUGGGCACGCAUUUUCUAUGUCCAAAAUGAAUCCGCUCGCAACAUAAUCCUUGUAGUGUCCACCUUAAUAGCGACCGCCACUUACCAAGCCGCUCUUAGUCCUCCGGGAGGAUACUGGCAGGAUUCUUCUUCGAAUUCCCCAACCUACUCCACUGUCGUCACCGCCAAUUCCACUGAAAUUGCUAAUGGAAAACCACAUCAAGCUGGAAAGAUGAUCCUCAGCGGCUCACGUCUAUACGUAUUCACUUUUCUCAACAGCAUGACUUUUCUCAUCUCCAGCUGCAUAAUCAUAGCCGCCGCUGUUCCGCUAGUUCCUGACACUACUAUGACUUGCUUUUCGAUGUUUAUUCUCGCCGCCAACUAUUUUUUAUCCCUUGCAAUGGGAUUCCAAAACUCCAAUGAUGUUGGACUAAAUUUGAUAGGGGGUUUUUCCAUGGUGGCAAUGUACCUCUUCUUAGGAUUAUGCUUUAUGAUACGGCUAAACCACUUCCAAGUCCGAAGAAAAAUCAAUGCCACAAGGAGACGCGUCGGCAACUUCUGAAGAUCGGAGGAUCAAAGAUAAUUCCCAUGCGUAUUUUACUUUAACUUCUCUUGUCACGUAUGCAUAUCAUGCAUGCUUCUUGUCUUGAGGUUUGCAAGAACUAGACUCUUUUGUGUUAGUUGCAAGGGAUUGACACGUGGCAAUUUGCUAAAUCCUGAGAGGCUUUACUCUCGCUUGAAAUCGAGACUUCGAAUAACUGUUUUUCCUAAU